AUGAAGGCAAAACAGGAGUUGAUGUCAAGGGAAAUCGAACAAGUGAGAAGGAUGACACGAACCAACUGGAUAAUGAUUGUCAAUCUACACUUGCCCUUCGGAAUGUCCAAGGGCAACGCUGUGCAGCAGCUAUUCGAAAAAUUGGCGUAUGGAAAACCAGUAUUCGACUCCGACAGGGAUAUAUUAGCGACCGAUAUGAUGUAG